AUGGAACAUUCUUGCAAUGGGCUCUUUUUGUGCUGUGAGUAUGGUGGAGGUUCAUCUUAUUAUAUCUACAAUCUCUCAACCAAACAUUACAGAAUCAUUCCUCCAGAUCCGGUGUUUUCUUGUCUUAGCAUUAGUCUAGUUUUCGAUCCACUGAAAUCACUUAAUUAUGAGGUUAUCUCUAUUGGUGAAAUUGAUGAUAGUUAUCGGAUUGCAAUCUACUCUUCGGCAACAAAUUCUUGGAGAAUCUGCGAAGCUAGAUAUUAUUUUCCUGAUUCUGUCCACUUCUAUAAGUGUCCGGGUGUUUUUUGGUAUGGUUAUUUGAAUCGGAUUAACUUGGGUGAUAAUACUUCUUCUUCUUUUAAUAUUGAUCAAGAAGUACUAAUAACAUUACCGUUUAGUGAUGAAAUGAGCGAUAGACAUAUAAUAUAUUUUGGAGAGUGGAUGGGUUAUAUGCAUCUUAUUCUAAGUGAUCCGACAUUGCUUCAUUGCUGGGAUAUCUUCGAGAUGGAGAUUAAUUAUGUUGGAUGGAAACUAAAAUAUCGAGUCAAACUUGAUGAAUUAGCAAAUCACUAUUGGAUUGAUGGUUUGUACCCUGACCAGGGUUUCCAUGUAAUGCUGGUUGUGGAUGGUGAUGUGGAUGAGUUGAAAGCGUUGAUACAUUUACCUGACGACAGGAUUCUCUCUUAUGAUCUCAAGGAAAAGAGCUUCAAGGAAAUUUGCAAUUGUCCAAUGGAUGAUUUCGGUACAUGUCAUGUUUAUACCGAAUCACUUGCUAAUGUUUGA